UUGUUGUUCUCAGCAGCAGGCACAGUACGCCUGUGUGUGACGCAGCUGUACCCAGCCGCCUGCGGGUAACCAAUGAGCGGGGCCGCGCUGGGUGGAGACUGGUUGGUGCUGCUGACUCCGGUUCUUGCCGUUGCUGCUGUGUGUGUAUUGACCUCUCUGCUUCUCAUCGGGCCUUCCCCAGAUCCUAUGGGCGAGUGGGUGAGAGCAGGAGCAGCAUCAUGUCCGCCCCGCUUGUGAGAGCGACUAUCAGGGCGGUCAGCAAAAGGAAGCUUCUGCCGACCCGGGCUGCGCUCACCCUGACACCUCCUGCAGUAAAUAAAAUAAAGCAACUACUAGCCGAUAAGCCGGACCACAUUGGUUUAAAAGUAGCAGUUCGUACGAGGGGCUGCAAUGGUCUGUCCUAUUACCUAGAAUAUGCAAAGUCCAGAGGAGCGUCUGAUGAAGAAGUAGUACAAGACGGAGUGCGCGUGUUCAUAGAGAAGAAAGCACAACUGACCCUUUUAGGAACAGAAAUGGACUAUGUAGAAAAUAAACUUUCCAGCGAGUUUAUUUUUAAUAAUCCAAACAUUAAAGGAACCUGCGGAUGUGGAGAAAGCUUCAAUAUCUGACACACAGUGACUGGCUGCUUUCAUCCUCCCGAAGAACCAUUUUCUAUUGUAAUCUUCCAUUGUAAAGCACUUUUGUCAGAUUCAUAAGCUUUGAGAAAUGUUUGCUAACUUGAUUUGACCUAGUAAAGGUUUAGUUUGUUUUGUGAACAAAAACUCAGCUUCAUGUAGUAUCCUGUCCUUAAAUACUGGACAUGUCAUUAUCUGAAACAGAUUAUUUCUUUCCCAGACCUUUCUUUCUUUUCUUAUUCUUAAUACCACUAUUUCUCCUUUAGCUGUGUUCUGGUGACUGACAGAAGUGAGAAAUAUUGUCAAAUCAGGUUUUGUUGGUAUCGUGUUAAAAAACCUAUAUUGUGACGUUCCAAACAUUCAUCGGUAUGUCUAAAUUAAUUCUGCAUGGAUAUCAUUGAUACUUAUUUCAGUUUCCUGCUCAUUUUAACUAAUUGUAUUGAUAAUUUUCAACAGUUUCAGUGGGAAACCAGAACAGUGCUGCCUGGAAAAAUGCUAUGCUAUUUGCCAGUAGCAAAAUAUCAGCAUGACUUUUACUGUAUGUAAAGGCUAAUUUCCAUAAUGGUAUUAAUUUCUCUUUCCUGUGAAACAAAGUUUUCAUUGUAAUUAUUACAUGGUGACGUGUCACUUUUGCACAGUGAAGGAAAAUAGUUUUUAGGAUCUUGAAACAAAAACUAAAAUUGGAACCAGACUGUCUCUUUUCAUUGUUAACUAAUAAGGUUAGAAGCGUUGAGUCAUUUGUACAUUAUGCUACAUACAGGUGUGUCCUCUUACAUCUUAACUCUAUGCACUACAAGUUGCGUUAUACAUAAUGCGUGAGUGCUGCUUUACGUGGUAGCGCUGAGCAAAUUUUUUUAUUUUUUUGCAGUGAAAAUGUGUCUUAGUUGCAAAGUAAUGCAGUAGGACACACAAGCAGCUUCUGUUUAAAAGGAUAUGCAGCAUGCCUAUAUUCUGUGUGUGACUGCGACUGUAUUUACAUACAAAAUGUUUUCCUGGAAAACACUGUAAUGUGGCAUUUUGGAUGCAGAUACAGCCACUAUCACACACAGAAUAUAGGCAUGCUGCAUAUCAUUUUAACUCGGCAGUAUCUGCUCAUGCAUCCUAUUACAUUGCAUUGCGACUAAGACGAACGAAAUGCAAAAAAAAAAAAACGCUCUGCGCUACAUAGUCAUGGCAUGUCGCGACUUGAAGGGCUGUUUAGCGUGACUACAGCAAGGAUGUAAGAGGACACAUCUGUAGUUGUGGCAUGAAUUGCCAGAGUUUGCCUUAACUUUAUCAUAUCAGUGUUUCCUUUCAUAUUAAUUUAAGGCAAUUGUAUUCUAUCAUUCAAACAGUCUAAAGGAAAUCUUGUAAAUAACUUGUUAUAGAAUGCAGAUUUUUAUAUUCAUGUCUCAAGGAAGCUUUUGUUCACAAAUCAUAAUGUACUCAAUGUCUUGGUCCUUUCAAGAAUGUUUUGAGCAACUCCUAGGGGCAGAUUCAAUCACCUGUGGUGUUUACUGCGCGGAUAAAGUUCCUUGUUUAAUGCUGCUCAGUUUUCCUGUAUUUUCUCCAUGCAGGAAGCCCAUGGGUAACACACAGCAACCCAUGGAUUCUGUGUUAAGUGCAAGAAUCUGUGGAUUCCCUGUGCCCUGCGGCUAAUUGAAUCUGACCCCUAAUCAUUCACUUAUCUUAUGCGCAUUCGUUAUGACACAUGCUAUUUGAUAUGGUAGUACAAAGCAUAUAGCAGUUAACCAUCAGGAAUUGUGAGGUGCCCUAAAUUGCACAUUUCAGUUACUUCAUUUUAUUUACCCUAUGAAAGUUUUGCUAGUAGGUAUAAAGGGUGUAGUAUGUUAUGCCGGCGGCCGGGCUCCCGGCGACCAGCAUACCGGCGCUGGGAGCCCGACUGCCGGCAUACCGACAGUGUGGCGAGCGCAAAUGAGCCCCUUGCGGUCUCGCUGCGCUCGCCACGCUGCAGGUACGGUGGCUAUUUAUUCUCCCUCCAGGGGGGUCGUGGACCCCCACGAGGAGAAUAUCUGUCGGUAUGCCGGGUGUCGGGAUUUCGGCGCUGGUAUACUGUGUGCCGGGAUCCCAACAUUCGGCAACCUGAAGACCACCUGGUAUAAAUUUAUGAGUUGAGGGCAUCCUUGAAUCUGGCAUAAUUCUGCAGCUAGUCUUCACACUGUACUUGCUUACCUGCAGUUUCCCUGCUUGCAAGUGUUCAACAUCAAAAACAAUUCUUUGUGAACAUACGUGUUGUUACAGCCUUGUUUCAGUCCAGAUGAAUCUUGUUUGUAUGAACAAUAACUAAAGUAGUACAUAUUAACAAAUUAAUAUUUUCUUUGCUUUUUUCUGUUAUUUAUCCCAUUACUUAUUUAGAGUGUUUGGUUAAACAAAGAAAAAUUAUAUGAGUAUGUAUUAUAUAACUUUAAUAAUGUUAAGGUGGCACUGAUGAUGUGGUUUUUUUUUCUGUUUUAAGAAAUCCUGAAACGCACAGGUAAAUUCAACAACUUGAAUAUAAGAUAUAAUAUUAAACAUUUACGUUUUAAAAGGCUUGUUUUUAUGUGAAAUAUUUGGUUUAGGAAAUAAACCUUAAGAUAUGCAAUGUAAA